UGGUGAAGCAGAAAACCACUUUAUUUUUAAAUAUCCGUAAUCAUAACGAAAUAAUACAAGGUCCAGCAUGGGUAGAGGUUUUUUUGUCUUCACAUUUUUAUUUUCCGUCAUAUUUCUGUUGCAAAUAGUUGGCUUCUUCUCUCCAUAUUGGGAUAUACAGUGUGUGGAUAAUUCAGAUCUUAACAUUACUACUACACAAAACAAGACAUGUUUUUACCAGGGAUUGUUUUAUGGAUGCGACGACGGCGGGAAGUGUAGACUAACAAAAAUAAUUGACAGUAAAGUUUUUGGAUUGUCAGUAGGCAUAAUUGUUGGGAACAUUAUUGUAUUGGUUUUAACGAUCCUUGUUCUGGCUCAUACAUACAAGGAUUAUGCAAAAUCGAUGAAAACUGGAGCAAUGCUUAUGUUUGCAACAACAGAGAUAAUGAAUAUUGCGUCUACCUUAUUCUUUUGGCAAUUAACAUACAGCGUUAACAUUGGUUGGAGUUGUUGGUUGUUUUCCUGGUCAGCUGCCAUUCUUAUAACCAUCAUUGCAUUUACAUGUAUUUGUUGCUUUAUAGAGCAGGGAGGAAAUCGUUUCCAUGUUUACCAUUAUGUUGUAGAUUAAGAUUGUAACAUGCAUCAUGAAUAAACUGAUAACAUUCUUAA